GGUCGCGGGCGGCGGGCGCAAGCCAUUCCCAGCCGCGCGGCCAUCGGAACAGUCGCGCCCGCACUCGCAGCGGAUACGCUACGUUUUAUGCACCGUAACCAAAUGACAUGAAUUAUGACUUUCUGCCUCGACGUAGAAAUGUUCAUAAGUGAAGUGGAAAAGUACCCGGUGAUAUGGGACGCCAACUGCGAGGACAAUAAGCACAAAAAUAAGAAGCAGCGUGCAUGGACUCAUAUCGCGCGAAUGCUCAUCACAGACUUUGAUGAUCUGCCGGAGAACGAGAAGGCAGAAGUCGAUAAAAAGCUGCAAUGUAAAUGGCGCAACAUAAAGGAUUCGUACGUUCGUGAUCUAAGAAAGAAAGACGGCAAAAGGUACAUGUACUCAAAAUUCCUGACAUUCCUCGACAACCGAUACAAAAAACAAGCACAAUCCGGCAGCGAUGUGGAUUCUAAAGAAUGGAACGAUGACGAAACAACUCCUAAACACAAAAGACUGGCCGGAAAACGAAAACGAUUCGAAACAUUGAGCGAAUCAAACUGGGCGAGUGAUUCUGAAGAAGUACCAUCAACCAUAGACAAUCUUAAAAGACGACGUAUACCAGAGAACAAAGAUGAUGAAGAAAGAAAUAAAAUAGAUUUUGUCGAAACCCCUUUCCCCGAUCCAAGCUGCAGCUAUACUGUAGAAGACGAAGACAGAUCGUUCUUCGAUUCUCUUCUGCCAGCUGUUAGAGAGUUCAAUGUCGAUCAAAAAUUAGAAUUCCGCAGUGAAGUAUUAAGACUUAUCAAGGAGUUUAGACAUAAUAGAUUAAAAACUACGUAGCAAACAUUUAUAUAGUUUAUU